AUGUCAGCAUCGACCGAGCGCCAGUCGCUGGAGGUCGAUAUCCCAUUCACGAGCAACAUGGCGGUAGAUUUCUUCCAUCUGGCGGAAGAAAAGUACGGGUUUGCUGUUGUUCAUCCCGAGACACGCACUGCUGCAGACCUUCUUGAGGCAGAUGGUGCCGAAGGAGCAGAUAAGGGAGACGGCGAAGGGGACGACGAUGACGACGAUGAGGAUAAUAAUGAGGACGAGGACGUUGUCAAUCAGAAUGAUAAAGAGGAAGAGACCGAGAACAACGAUGGCAAGGAGCGAAAACGAAAACGUGGUGAGGGCCGCUAUGACCUGAAUGAUCCGUUCAUUGACGAUUCCGAAAUGGCUUGGGAAGAGCAGGCCGCGGCCACGAAAGAUGGGUUUUUUGUAUUUGCUGGUCAGUUGGUGGAUAAAAGCGCGCCACAGGAGAUCGAAAAGGAAGACAAAAAAAAGGUAACCAAGCGCAAGAUCAAGGUCGAUGAUGCCAAGCCAGUCAAAAAGAAGAAGCUAGUGACUCUUGCGCCUGCAGAUGGCAAAGAUGCUGCUGCCCCGUCUACGAGUCCUGCCCCUGGAGAGACGCCAAUACCCGCCGCGGCAUUGGAUGCUGGUGCUGAAGCGGAAAAGCCCAAGGUCAAGCGUCAGCGGAAACCCAAAGACCCGAAUGCACCGCCAAAGCCUCGCAAACCGCGAGUGAAGAAAGAGAAAGAUGCAGCACCAGAUGCACCGGUCGCAAUUGCUCCUUCUGCUGAAAACGGGACGCCUGGCUCUGCGCCCAAUCCUGCUACGCCCAACGAGACACCGAUCAAGCCCAAACCGAAGCGCGUGACCAAACCGCGAGUGAAGAAAGAGCCAGAGGUCAAGGACGCAGCCAAGGAUGCCGCCAAGGACACGGCUAAAGACGAGGCCAAAGACGCAGCGAAAUAUUCAUCCAAAGAUACCUCUAAGGAUGCUCUCAAGAACCCCCCCAAGGAAGCACCUGAGGCUGCAGUAGCAGAGCCAACCCCAGUUAAAUUGGCACCCAAGCCAGCAGAACCAAAUCCGGCCCAAGCUGCCCCAACCGGGCCGUCUGAUCUACAGCCACUUGCACCAAAAACAGAAACUUAA